AUGGCGGAGGAGACGGCGAUGGGCCGUCGGAUGGUGGAUUUCAUUUCCGGAAGAAGCGGCGGCAACAGCCGACGACAACAAUCGCGUACAACAUUAACGUACGCUCUAUUGCUGAUAGUGUGCACCGAAUUAACAGUAUCCCACUGUUGCUACGUCUUCCCGAAAGAAAUCAAAGAUCCCUGCGAGAAGCUGAAUUGCUCGCAAGGCUCGCAAUGUGUGCGAAGCAGGGACGGCAAGGAGGCGACCUGCCAAUGCUUGGAAUCCUGCCCAAAUUUAGGGGAUCACGAGGGAUCGGGACCUGUCUGCGGCACGGACGGGAUCGACUAUCCGACGCUGUGCGACCUAAAUCGAGCUGCUUGUGAGAAAGGUGCUAACAUCACCGUGGCAUUUCGUGGCAAAUGUGAUCCAUGCGGAGGCAUCGAGUGCUCAAAACCAGAAGUCUGUCAGCUGGAUAGUUCGAGGCAACCAGUCUGUCGCUGCGGGGAACAAUGUGGCCUGGAACUUUCGCCGGUUUGCGGAAGCGAUGGCAAAACAUAUUCGAACGAAUGCAACCUUCGACAGGAAGCCUGUCGCUCGAGAUUACCGCUCAAGAAAAUCUACAACGGUGCAUGCAGUUCCGGUAAUAAAAAUCAUUAA